AUGUUUGGAGGCGACCUACCUACAGGCGGGGAGAUCGGGGAUCCGCCUAGUGCAAAGCUUGUUCCAAAUCCGCCAAGUUUCCCAAGUUUGCUGUGUGUAGGUGGAGGUAUGCAAGAGCCUGUCAUGCGUUCAAUACCUUUGCCAGCUAGCUCUGAGAUCUCUCUAAGAAGGCCAAACCUUAGUGGUACUGAGCAGCUUAUUCAUCGCAUCAAUCUUCAUGCGGCAAUGGAUAUCAAGAGCCAUAUUGAGGAGAAGAUUUCAAAGUGCCCGUUGGAGGACCUUGCGUUGCUUAAGGAGGAUUUGUCGAAGCUUGUUUCUAUGAUUGACAAUCUUAACGUUGAUUCUUCAUCCUUGAAGAUCAAGAUUGCCGAACUUAUAGCCGCCUCAACUGAGUAUUCUUCCUUGCGUGCUAUUUCCUCGAAGAAGUUGAGUCCAGAUGUUAGAGCUCAUCAGCUUGCAGCAAUAGACUUGUCAUUAACCCAAGUUUGGUCUUCUCAACAAGCUGUUUUGGGAGAUUAUCAAGCCACAAAGACUUCUUUAGCUUCCGUCCAGGUUACCAAUGUCUAUCCUCCUUCAUCAUCGGUAUAUACAUCUUGGUCGCUUCCCGACGGUGAUGGUUGUGCAGGAGGUACCGUGCAGCUUGAGCAUUCACGGGAAUGGUCAGGUGUCGCUUGGAAAGACAUGGGAUCGAACGAUCCAAAUGCAAUUGUAAUGGUAUACAUUGCGGCCAUGUCUUCAAGCUACACCUUGGCGAUCGCUGCACGUUUGUUUCUUAGCCUCGAGGACCAAAAGGACAUAGACAAACUAGGCCACUUUUUGUAUCUGGCUAACGCCGGAGUCAUAUCGAUGCCUAUUGACUUUCCUGGGACCCCGCUUCGCAAAGCCAUCAAGGCCUCCAACCUCAUCAAUGGGAAGUUGACGGAGAUAAUAAAGCAAAGGAAGGCUGAUUUGGCUGAUGGCAAGGCUUCUCUGACGCAAGACAUUUUGUCACACAUGCUCAUGACAUGCGAUGAGGAUGGAACCUACAUGAAGGAAUUGGAUAUCAGUACUAAGAUUAUGGGGCUGUUAAUUGGUGGUUAUGAAGCUGCCGGCGCUGUUUGCACCCUCAUUGUCAAGUUUCUUGCUGAACUCCCUCACAUCUACGAUGCAGUCUACAAGGAGCAAAUGGAGAUUGCAAAUUUGAAAGCCCCAGGAGAGUUGUUGAACUGGGAUGACAUUCAGAAGAUGAAGUACUCGUGGAAUGUAGCUCAAGAAGUGAUGAGACUGACACCACCAAUUCAAGGAUCCUUCAGGGAAGCCUCAACUAACUUUGUCUUCAAUGGAUACACAAUCCCAAAGGGUUGGAUAUUAUAUUGGAGUUCGAUCACAACGCACAAGAGUGUAGAAUAUUUCCAGGAACCCGAUAAAUUUGAUCCGUCGAGGUUUGAAGGAACCGGGCCAACACCAUACACUUAUGUUCCAUUUGGAGGAGGGCCAAUGAUGUGCCCCGGCAAAGAGUAUGCCCGGAUGGAAAUACUUGUGUUCAUGCACAACCUGGUCAAGAGGGUCAAAUGUGAGAGACUUCUUCCCCAAGAGAAAAUUGUAAUGGACCCUUUGGCCAUGCCUACCAAAGGACUUCCAAUCGGCCUUUUCCCUCACCCAAAGACGGCAGCUAUCGAGCUCCGUCGAUGACGGUCACAACCCUCUAAGAAGUUCUGAGCCUCCUUCCAUUCUAUUGUUUUCAUGUUUUAGUUGGUUUUAUAGUUUUUUAUUUUUUAAAAUUAUUUUAGGAGUUGGGUUUGCUCGAAGAAAGCGAGGAUAGAAAUUCAUGUCUGUCAAUCCACUGACUGGUAACAGUGUGAUGUUACUGUGAAUCCCGACAGGUUCCGAUCGCUUUCUAUCUAAUUUUCCAUUGUUUUCGCAAUUCAAAUAAAAACCAUAAUUUUAUUUUUUGGUUUGACAAGAAUGUGGGGGCAGGUGAUGAAUCAAAUUGGUAUUUAUGGGUAAUUUGCAUCUGAAAUUCAUUGAUGUUUUAUCUAUCACCUUGGAGAACUGAUGCCCUUGUUCCCCUUUUUUUUUUUUUUUUUACUAAUUUUUAUUUGUCUGCUUCUUUUAUAAAUGCUAAUUAUUAAAUCAUUGUGAUAUUUUUAAGAAAUUUGAUAAUUUAUUGUCUGUGAUGACAAAUCCAAAGGCUUGUUUCUCAAGAACAUUCGCAGUGGCCGACCAAGAGCUUUCGCCUUUCGCCGGGCUUGAGAGCUUAUGCUGCUUUUCUCCUUCCUUGGAUGUCUGAGAAACUAACUUUUAUAGAUGCAUAUAACUACACUGUAUGUUGUUUCAGUAGUUUAAGAUCUGAACGUCAUUAAUGAUUUAACUCACACUUGGAUUACCGAAA